AUGAUCUUGCCCUUUUUUACAAUCGUUCUUCUUUUGAGCUCCCUGCCUUUUAUCUUAUGCAGGGAGCCUCUCUUUAACAAGAAUGGCAGGUUCACCAACCAUUUUACCCGCCGGGCAACAACGCCGUACCGUUACUGCCGUGGAAAAUGCAAACAGCCCAAGCAGCCUGACAUCCCACGGUUGGCAAAGCGUCAACCAAAGCCAAAAGGCCCCAUACCUACCCGGGAAUCUGCAAAAAUCAAGCCAAAGUUAUCCAAGCGUCAGUUUGUCUACCCGGCUGACAAUGAGGCAAUGGAAGAGUACCUGAUCGACCGCGUCGACAACUAUGUAACCAACAAUGCACUCACCGUGUAUGACUACGGCCUUAACCCCGGAAACUCAGCGCAAUUCGAGGUGUUGGGGGAUGAGCCCGUAGAGAUUGUCCUGGAUGGUCUGUGCGGGUGCACGGCUCUUCUGGUUGCGUCGAGAAGGGCUGUAUACUUUGCCCAUUUCUUCGAAAACAUCUCCUUCCUCGACUCUGACUACGCCAACAACGCGGCAGCCCGUGAGCGAUUUGAGGACAUUGUAAUCAGGUUCCUGGAUACCGGAGAUGACCUGAUGGGCGAAGUGUACGACGAUGACGGCGACCUGAUACUUCGUGAGUACGUCGCACUCACCGACAACUUGCACUUCUUCACUCCCGACACAAACCCAUCAAUCAUCAUCGUUUCGCCUGUAGACGAGCUUGAAGACGCAGUGGAGCAAGGGGUAGAAGUCAAUGGCAUCGUCGAAUACGGUGAGGGUCUGUUGUAUGACGACUACAUCGAGCGGUUGAAGGAGUACCUUGCUGAGAUCCUGCCUGGGAUCGAGCCGACUGUCUUCUCGUACGAAGCACUGGAUAAUAAUGAUCCGUUGCUGGAUGGCUGGAGGGGAAAAGGGCUGUAUCAAUAUGACCCCGAGGCAGAGGUUAACCCUACGCGGCGAGGCGCUAGGUUUUUUUACCAGGCGGAAGAUAUCGAGGACCCGGAAGAUGAAGAGGGUGAGGGGUAUCCCUUGGGACGGCUGUAUCAUGAUUACUGGGAUCCAUUGCUUUUCGGCGAUGGCGAGGAUAGGCAUCUUGAAAUGGCCGAUUACCCGGUCCAGCGGCCAGACUUACUUGUCUGUGGGGGCGAGUCGUACUGGAAGCCCAAGGUUAGGGUGAUCGCAGUAUACUUUGAGGCUUAUGCCGACGCUGAUGAUGGCAAUAGUACAAUUGCUUCCCGAACGGCAUCCUUUGCCCUAUACUUGAAGGUCUUCGAACACUGCCCUGUGGAGCGGAUUGCUACGUCGAAUCACAGUACACAUGCUUUGAGAACAAGUUGUGUCCCGUUCUGGAGGGUAACGCAACGUUCCCCUGUGGCGAAGACUGCUAUCUUCCGUCGGAGUACCGGUAUUUGCUCUGUCUCUCUCUCUCACACUACAUACAUGCUGACCAUUCACAGAUGCGUUAAUUCAACCUUGACCCAAAUCUUACCCAACGAAUCUCCCGGCCAGAGUCCUGAUCAGUCAGGGAAAGUGCCUGUCUUACCUACUCACGACUUGGACUUUGUCAUGGAAGGCACCACGUAUAUCAUUAGUCCUACGCCGACCACCAUCAUGAACGGCAACGGAGAGCCACUGACCCUGGCGCCUGCAUUGGUUGUGAUUGGCACAAAGACCGUUUGGACGGGCCCGGCAUCCCUAUCUACGAGCAUCGUUAUUGACGACCUGACAAUCACCGUGCUACCACAUACUACGCAGGAUGCAUCUUCAACUGGCGAGCCAUCAGCGGGCACUCUGACGAGUCCUGUACCAUCAACGAGCCCAACACCCGCCCCUACAGAUGCCGGUGCAACAGGGGGUGGCCCAGGACCAUCAACUGGUGGCGGGGCUUCAACUUUUCCAAGUCCGACAUCAGGUUUUCCCAGCUCCUCAUCAGCCGUACAUUCACCUGUAGAAUCUAGCACCGUCAUAACGUGGGCAGCAACAGAAGGCUCUUCCAGCAUUGAGAUCACCUUCACCCCGACAACCCUGAAACAGUUCACAUCAUUGGCUACAUUGAGCACUAUAACAACGGACGUUGAUGGAGACACUACAACGUUCGUCAUUGGCCCUGGAGGCAUCGCAUGGGAUCCAGUCCCAACGGCAACAACCACGUCUCUACCGGGAUUUCCUCCCCUUCCAUUCCCUACUGCACCGCCUGCUCCUGUGCCACCAAGUUCUAGCACGCUCCCUCCGGUGACCUCUUCAUCAUCACCGUUCCCCACGGUAUUUCCCUGGCCGGUUCCGCCAAUUACGACUGUUACAAGCACCAUUGAUGAUGCGAGUGGUCCUGGGCCUAUAACGACAAUAAUCACCGGCACUACGAACCCAGAUGGUGCUGUCGUUCCUAUCACCUCUCUAUCAACAGAUGAAGCCGUGAGCUCAGCGCAGGCUCUCCUUUCUGAACUGGGUGAUGUCUCUGCCGCCAUCGUUGCGUUCUCUUCUGGCACCGCAGAUACCGCAAAGGCUACGGUGGCGUUGGAAAAGGUUGAAGACGCACAGAAUGACACAAACGACUUCGGCAGUGGCCUGAGCAUUUCCGGACCAGGCUCUGGUCUAUGGUCCAUCUUUGGCGACACAGUUAGCGGGAUCUCCUCUGCACUCGGAGGUCUACUCUCUACAAUUUCUGGCAUUAUCGGCGGUGGCGGCGCGAGUGGGUCGAGCUCCCUGACUGGUCCUCUAAACGACCUGACGAGCCUGUCGGAUGCAUUGAGCGCAGACAUAAACGAGGCUGUAUCCGGUACGACAAAUCCAGCCAUAACCCCUCUGCCCUCUUCAACAUCAUUCGGGACAUCUACCGGGACCGAGCCAUCUUCCUGCGAAGCCACACAGCUUACAAACUGCGCUGUCCUCUGCGCAACGGACACAAACCCCGUCACAACGACGUGCUUCUCAACGACAUGCACAGUGGAGACGGCCUGUGGUGGGAGCCCGGCUACCUCUACAGCUAUACUGCGCCAUGUCUGCCCGCUCGACAGACCGAAUGACAUUGGGAAGGUGUCGAAAUUUGGCGGUGGUGCUCGGCCGACUACGACCAGUCCCCAAGACGCCGGGAGUAUUACAUCUACGACCAAUAUUAUAACUGAUACUACGAGCACUAGUACAGAUACAAGCAGCGAGACCGCAGAACCUACGACGCCCUCAUCCACAGCACCACCUACGUCUACCAGUGAGCCGACAUCCACAGAACCACCGGCGCCUCCCCCUCCAGAGCCCACGGUACCUUCAAGCACGGAGCCGUCAAGAACCUCCACCAGUGAGCUGGACCCAGCCCCAACUUGGGGCGGCCGCUGUUCUACCUACGAAGACUGCCCACAGUGCUCGGACGGGUACUACCGGUGCUGUUUGUCGGGGUGCCAUGGAAUGUUGGUGCCUGGGUCCAAUACGUGUGGGUGUGUCAGAGAUGGUGAGGUUGUCAGUCCGGUUUGCGGUUGUGUGUAG